AUGCAUCCUAGUGCAGAGCCCUUCACUCCAGUGGAAACCAAUUUUGAAGAAGGACUUUCAGUUCCCCAAGAUGGAUUUACCAUGGUGAAACAUAGGAAAGCGAGAAGAAAGAGGUCUCCUAAGAACAGCAAAGAUAGUGCUAACAGGAAGGAAUCUCUAGGUCCUGAACAAAUUUCCGAAGAAAGGAAAAAGAGAGAUGAUCUCUCUAGAAAGUCAAAAGGUACCAAUAGAUCUGAGCCUGAAAAUGAUGAUGAGAAACUUGUGAUUAUUGAACUGGAAGCACAGAAAUCUGAAGAACCGACAAAUGGAGAAUCAGGUGCUCAACCAGUAAGUGAUGACACCGAUGAAGAAAAUGAAGAACAAGAAGAAGAAGAUGCAAAACUUAAUGUAAAGUUAGAUGAUCUCUCUAGAAAGUCAGAAGGUACCAACAGAUCUGAGCCUGAAAAUGAUGAUGAGAAACUUGUGAUUAUUGAAUUGGAAGCACAGAAAUCUAAAGAACCGACAAAUGGAGAAUUAGGUGCUCAAUUGGUAAGUGAUGACACCGAUGAAGAAAAUAAAGAACAAGAAGAAGAAGAUGCAAAACUUGUACCAGUAUUGCCUAGUGUGACUGCUAUGUUCCCUACAACUGCUCCGGACUUGUAG